GCAGACACCGGAACGGAUUAACGAGUUCCAAACGAGAGUGGAAACCUCUGGAGGAUCGCAGCUGCACAGAUAUCCCAUGGCUGCUGCUGUUUAUUCUCUUUUGCAUUGGCAUGGGUUUUAUUUGUGGCUUUUCAAUAGCUACUGGAGCAGCUGCAAGAUUGGUUUCAGGAUAUGAUAGUUACGGAAAUAUCUGUGGACAGAAGAAUGUAAAAAUAGAGGGAAUAGACAACAGUGGCUUAGAUCUCACAGAAAAAAAGUUUGUGUUUUUUCUGGAGCCAUGCAAUGUAGAUUUAGUACAUCGGAAGAUCAAGUCCAUUGCUCUCUGUGUAUCAGCAUGCCCACGUAGUGAGUUGAAAACUCUGGCUGACAUUCAGAAAUUUGCAGAUAUUAAUGGUUCUGCUUUAUGUAGUUAUGAGUUAAAGCCAUCUGAAUACACUACACAUUUAAGCGCUGCUAAGCUUUGCCCCAAGCUCCCAGUUCCAGAGAGUGCACCUAUUCCAUUCUUCCAUCGCUGUGCUCCUGUGAACAUUUCCUGCUAUACCAAGUUUGCAGAGGCCCUGAUCACCUUUGUCAGUGACAGUAGUGUCUUGCACAGGCUGAUUAGUGGAGUAAUGACCUGCAAAGAGAUUAUAUUGGGACUUUGCUUGUUAUCACUAGUGCUUUCCAUGAUUUUGAUGGUGAUAAUCAGAUACAUUUCAAGGGUACUUGUUUGGAUCUUAACCAUUCUUGUUGUUUUGGGAUCACUUGGUGGCACAGGAGUAUUGUGGUGGCUGUAUGUUAAAAUGUGGAAGACUCCCAGUGUCACUCUUACUGUUGAACAGCUUCAGAUAGCCAAAGACAAUCGUCAGGCCCUCCUGAUCUAUGCCAUUGCAGCUACCAUCUUCACAGUUAUCUUACUAUUAAUAAUGUUAGUUAUGCGCAAAAGAGUAGCUCUCACCAUUGCCUUGUUCCACGUGGCUGGCAAGGUUUUCAUUCACCUGCCACUGCUUGUCUUCCAGCCAUUUUGGACUUUUUUUGCCCUCAUCCUCUUCUGGAUAUAUUGGAUUAUGGUCUUGCUGUUCCUAGGUAUCACUGGUAGCCCUGUUCAAAAUGAACAGGGCUUGGUAGAGUUCCGAGUUGCAGGCCCACUGAAAUACAUGUGGUGGUAUCACAUCGUGGGAUUAGUUUGGAUUAGUGAAUUUAUUCUUGCCUGUCAGCAGAUGACUGUAGCAGGAGCUGUUGUGACAUAUUAUUUUACAAGAGAAAAACGAAAUCUGCCAUUCACACCAAUUCUGGCAUCUGUCAAUCGCUUGAUCUGUUACCACCUUGGAACUGUGGCUAAAGGGUCUUUCAUUAUUACCUUAGUGAAGAUUCCAAGAAUGAUUCUCAUGUAUAUUCAUACCCAAGUCAAAGGAAAAGAAAAUGUCUGUGCUCGAUGUAUUCUGAAAUCCUGCAUUUGCUGCCUUUGGUGUCUAGAAAAGUGCCUGACUUACUUAAAUCAGAAUGCAUAUACAGCCACAGCUAUCAACAGUACCAGUUUCUGCACCUCCGCAAAGGAUGCCUUUGUGAUACUGGUGGAGAAUGCGUUGCGAGUGGCUGCGAUAAACACAGUGGGAGACUUCAUGCUCUUUCUUGGAAAGGUCUUAAUAGUGUGCAGCACUGGCUUGGCAGGGAUCAUGCUGCUGAAUUACCAGCGGGACUACACAGUAUGGGUGCUGCCCCUUAUCAUUGUCUGCCUAUUUGCAUUCCUGGUUGCUCACUGCUUCCUGUCUAUUCAUGAAAUGGUAGUGGACGUCCUUUUCUUGUGCUUUGCCAUUGACACCAAGUAUAAUGAUGGCAGUCCUGGAAAGGAGUUCUACAUGGAUAAAGUCCUGAUGGAAUUUGUGGAGAACAGCAGAAAAGCAUUGAAAGAAGCUGGUCGGGGGGGUGGACCUGAAGGCAAGGAGCUCAAACCAAUGGCCUCUGGAGCAAGUUCAUCUUGAAGUUCGUCAGCUGUUAUGGAAACCAUUGACAUUCCAAAACAAUAUCUAUUUCUCUCUUUCUCUUUCUCUCGCUAUCUCUCUCUAUAUAUAUCUAUAUCUAUAUUAUUUAAAAAGCAGCCAAAAUCAGAGAAAAGGAACAGGGAUUUAAUACUUUUUUAAUGAUUAUUUUUGUGAAACAUGUACUCUUUUCAUACGGGUGGCUUUUACAAGCAACUUUUAUCAUUGUUCCAUUUAAAAAAAAAAACAUUGUGGUUCGUGGCAAUGUUAUGAUUGUAAUCUGAUAGAGAGAUUUCAUAAUUUGGAGGAGAAUUCCACAAUAUUUACAAAUAAUGAUGCAAGAUUUUCAGAUCUGGAAUAACAUAAGUAGGUCAAGUAAUUUCCCCACAUUUUCAUUUUUAAUUGACAUAACACUUUAGAAUUUAGGGGGUAAUGACUGUUCUGGGAGGAAAAAUCCUUCAUUAGAAUGUUUUUUAUUAUUAGAAUCAAAAUAGAUAAUAUAUUAAUCAUCUUGAAUUUUGUUGCAUCUUUGCAAUGGGAUACAAAGAGAAUCAAGUAAGUUCAGCAUAUUCAGAUUUUUGUCAUUAACCCAUUAUACAAUUUAACACAUUAAAAAAAAAAAACAACCCAACUCCUCAGGUAUUUAGGUAUUGAGACAGCCCCUGAAUCUGUGAAGGACAAACUAAAGGUGUAUGAGGAAGAAUGAGUUUUAUAUGCAACUUCUGUCCUGUGUUAUCUUAUUUUCCCUGUUAGGUUUAAUCUUGUCCUUUGUUGUUCAAAGAAAUGUUAUUUCUUUGAACUAAGCACAUUCUUCACAUAAACAGUUUAAUAACAAUAUUCUGAAGCUCAGCCUUAGAUAUGCUCCAUUGUUGUUCAUCCAUGACAAUAUGGAAAGAUUUUGAGAGUAGAGACAAACUGUACAACUAUACAAAAAAAAUUAAGUACUGUAAGUUGCUUGUGUUUUUAUUAUUGUUGACCCCAUAUCUGGGACAUAUUUCAUUAUACAUUUGGUAAUUUAGUGGAGUACAGUGGGAAAGAACACAUAAACAUCUUUUUGAAAUGUCACUGUCUUAGUAUGUAAUGUAGGUCUUAGAGUAGUCUCUGUAUAUUCAUGAUCAUGGGACCUGAGAGCCACAUGAAUACUUCAGAAACUUCCAGAAAGCAAUCUCUCUCUCCUAUCCCAUCUUCCCACAUUUCCAGAAUAAAAUUUUGAAAUUCUUUUAGCAACAAGCUAAAUACUGAGGCUCUUGCCAUCCUAAAAGUUUGUGCAUCUUGUAGUGAGAUGUGGAGAAUAUCAGAACUUCAUGGGCAUGGGGAAAGUGAUUAAUUUUCCUCUGUGCCAAACUAAGAUUUAUUUGGAUGGUAGUAGCAUUAUUGUUCCAAAUUUAUUUGGCGGUUGGUAAGUAUUUUUUCAGUUUUUGCUGCCAAGAAUGCAAACUUAGAAUUCUUACAUUGAAUCUUGAUCUUAUAUUGAUAUUAUUGGCCUUUUUUUCCUGUUCUUUUCCUGAUAGUAUAGUAUCUUAAAUUUGUGGAAGGGCAGUCCAUCCAUUCAUUCAGAUGAUAAAUGGUUAAUGAACUAUUCAGAUGAUAUUUAAUAAUAAAUUUAUAUGAGGAAAUUCUACUGGAGAUAAAGAUGUUUCUCUUUAAGGCUGUAUAUCAGCAAAAUUACUCCUCUGUGCUUAAUUACCAAAUGUUAUUUCACUUGUCGUAAUAGGUUACCAGUCUUUUCUCCUCUGAGAUAUAGGCAUCUUUUACUUUUAUAUUCCCUCUUUUUACUCAGUCUAACCAAUGCCUCUGAUCUUCUAUUCCCUUCCCAGUUUCAUAAAGUAAUGGCCAGUUAACCCAUUACUUGCAUCCUAACAGAUCAUUUUACUCUUCCAUCAUACCCCUAUCUCUAUCCCGUACCCCAGCAACUUGACUGCAGUAGAUAUUCUUAUCUUGGAGCUUUACUGGGAGAAAGUAGAAAAGUAAGUACAGAUAGGAGAAUGAUUCAACAAUUCUUACUAUGAAUCUGUGCUGUACUUUAAAUCUCCAUCUCCCUUUCUGCACAACUCUCAUUCAACACCCGUGAUAGUUGUUUGCUCUUGUGUCCAAUUUGUCUCUUAUUCUACUGGAAACACAUUGAAGUCUCUCUAGGGUUUUUUGAUAUAAAGUUAUUUAGGACCCUCAGGAUACUCUCAUAUUAAGCAUGCAUUCCAGAAAGCACAUCUUGGUUUUCCUGUGAUCAUGUUGGUUUCUGGAUAGAAAUAUGAGAAGGCCUUCAGUGCCACAUCAGAUAUUUGAAUGAUUGAUAUGUAAUGUGUAUCUACGUUCCUAAAGUAUUUAGAAAUUGAUAUUGAAACAUUCCUGACAGUGGAUUUUCUUCAUGCCCUAAUUUCGUGAAGCUUCUACCUUUUGAUAGCUGGGAUUGUUUUCCUUUUUAUCCACAGCCUGUCACUUUUAGGGUAUUUCUUAUUGUUUCCUUCUGAUAUGUUCUGAAGGCUUGAUCCAUAUCUCUCAUUCAUUAGAAGGUUGACUCUUAUUCUGUAUCAGCUUUCUAGGCAAUUGGGAUGCUUUGAGAUACAGUCCUUGAGGUAAUCAACUUUUUAUGUUAGAUGGUCAAAUUAUAACAUUGUAAGUAAUGGAGUAAUUGAGGAAGCAAUUGAGAAAACUGGCUGCUUCUUUUGCAUGGGGUCCAUAAACAGGAGACAAGCUAAUAAGAUUGUUCCUGAUUGUCUCACCAAGUCAUUAUUCACAGAAAGCUAGCAUGAUUGGGCCAGAACAGCUACUCUAGACCUUUAGUUUAUACUUGCAGGAUAAUAUUUUUAUGGAGAAGCAUCCUGCAGUUUGAAGUUAUAGCCAGGAACAUGUUUCUGCUUCUGGUCUUUGUGUAAGAUCAAGCCAAAAGCAUGAUUGGUAAACCUUGCUUUCCAGAAGGUUCCAGAGUUUGACCAGGCUCCAUUCCUAUUAAUAUGAAUAGCCAGAGACCUCUGGAAGAACUUCAUUGCCUGUUGGUAGCUUUCAUUUAUCAAGUAAUCAGUUUUGUGUGUUAAAUUCCUUUCUUCAUUCUGAAAUUUACUACGUAAUGAAUGCUAAUAUUUCUCUGUUUGGCUUGAUGUAAUGAUAAAUGCUUAUAGUGUAACUGCAGAGAAUAAUUUCAUGAUCUGUUUUAUGCUAUAUAUUCUUUUGUUACAAUUUUUUAAAGAAACUAUUUUUGUUAAUAUAAAACUAAAUAUUUCAGAGUAAAAUUUUUAAACUUUAUUGCACUAAAUGCAGACGUGGAGAGAGAAAAGGAAUGCCUCAGUAGUUGACUCACUCCAGAAAAUCUUUUGGGAAAAGAGCUAUCGCUCUAGGUAAGCUUAGCUAACGGUUAUGAAAAUGGGUGUAGAGACAAGGGGUCUGGCUACCAGUGUUUUUAUAAUGGCUGUUUUGAUUCUGUGCUUCCUUUCAAAGGAUGAGACCUUUUGAAACUGCUGCUGAAUGAAACAUAGCAUUCUGUAAUUAACUGGUGGUCUUUGCUGUGUAACUAAAUGCUUCAGUUAAUUUUUAUAAUUCGUAUGACAUCUCAAUCUUUUCAGACUACUUGCAAUAAAAUUCAGGACAGUUUAAAAGAAGAAUCUUUUCUCAAUCAGUCACACAAUCCAAUUAUGAAACUAUAUUUUAAGUUGAGCAAACUAGAUUAGCCUCUGUUCCUGCUAACAUGCUGAUUUUACCAAUGUGAAUAAUGCCAUGAAAACUUCAUUUUAGGACAGCUGACACGAAUCAAGGUUUGAAAUGCAUGUCUUAGCAGGAACCAAGGUACUAGUCUAGGCUUAAACUAGAGCACUGCUUUAAGUCUCUUUUAAUGUAAAUAUUACAUGUUACUGUAAUGAUAUUUGGAGGAGAAUUAUGAGGAGGAGCCUUAAUAUACGGGAAAAAGUUCUCUAGUUUUGCCCUGGCACUUGACUUCAGAUGUAGAUUGCUUAAGUCACUGAAGUGAUAAUUAUAGUGAAAGAAAUCUGGAUUUAGCAGAUUGAAAACCACAGAAAUUGGACCACAAACAGAAAGGGAAUGGCAGGACACUUAGGUGGCUCCUCCAAGGUUAUCUGCCGUUGAGUUCUACUUCAAAAAUGACUCAAGAUGGAGACCUGGACUAGACUCACCACUGACAUCAUCACAAUUCCUGCUUUCCCAGGCUCCACAAACUUGUGUUCCCUGCUUGCUGAAACCUUGAGAAAAGAGAUGCUUUUGGGUUUGAACUUGCAACUAGAAUUGUAAAGAGAAACAAAUUUUUGUAUUUUUGUAUACCUUGAUUGUGCAGCAUUUUUAUAUACAGGUCCUGUUUUACAAAUAAAAUUGGUUUCUUAACCUGGUGUUUAAAAAGUUUUAUGGGUAUUACU